GGUAUCUGUCGAGGAUACAUCUCCAGAACUCAUAGGACGAAGAACAUGUCUCCAAACAUGACUUGUGAUGCUCUAGCAUCCUUUUCCCCUAAGUCCACCGUGGCCAAAAGGAAAGAAGCCCUAGAGCUCAGAAAGACGAUGAAACCAUUGGUGGAGAAAAGAAGGCGUGCUCGUAUUAACGACAGCCUGAACCACUUGAAGGACCUCAUUCUUCCUCUUACCGGCAAAGAUAAAAGUCGCUACUCUAAGCUGGAGAAAGCAGACAUCCUGGAGAUGACUGUGAGGUUCCUCAGUGACAUGCCCCCAGUCCAAAAUAAAAAUUCCACAGACAGUUACAAAGAGGGCUACAAAGCUUGCCACCAGCGCGUCUCUGCGCUCCUUCCGAAAAGCAGCCUCGAGCCCGACGCCACCCGACAGGUGACCGACUUCAUCCAGCGGUCCAUGUCGGCCAACAUCAACAGGCAGUGCCACAACUGCUGCAGCCAGAGCUCCGCGGCUUUCCCGCACAUCCAGCAGAGGCUUCUUAGCCUGAAGUCCAGCCUGGGCCACAAACCCGAGGGCGCGGUGCACCCAAGUGGAGCGCGCUCAGCUCCACAGCUCAACAUUGCCCCCAUGUGGAGACCCUGGUAGAUUAUUCUCGUCUAGUGGGUCCACAGCACGCCCUCGAAACGACUAUGGCAGCAUGUUAUAUACAUGUACAUAUUACAUGUCGACUUGUAUAGGCCUGCGUUUAAGAUUUACCAUAAAUCGACUUAGCCUUGUGAGUAUUGUAUACUUCCCCUUUUGCGUACGCGUCGGUUGUCUUGUAUAAGUUGACAUCUAGACUGUCGUAUUUGGUUAAAACUCCGCAUGUAUGUUUUAGGUUAAAUAUUUGGUCUGUUUUGAUGACUGAAUGAUUAAGGGCUAUUGAAACCGCCCUGUAAGACCCCAAGGGUCACUGUUAGUGAAUUUGCACUGUAUGAUUUCAGUGUUGUGAAUCUGUGCAGAUUGAUUUUGUGGACAUAUUGUGUGUCACUGCAGGUAUCCCUUUCGGGAUGUUUUAUUCCAUUUUACAGCAUUUUUUGUGUUUGUGUAAUGUUUGUA